GUUCCAUAUAUUUAUGCAUAUAGACGCGAUUACCUUGCAGAAUUCCAUAAGGAUUCCUCGGUAUCGCAUGAAAUCCUUAAUCGCUCUAAUUUGUGGCAUAUUUACGAUUUGGAGUACAGAUAUAGAUUAUUUAUAGAAAAACGAGAGGCAAUACAAGGAAUGAUUUCCAAAUAUCAAAUAGAUGUUGAUAAUGAAUACAUAUUAAAUCUUCUCGAAUCCGCCUCAAGUGAAGAAGCACUUUCAGAUCUACAUGACUAUAUCCAUCAUAAAUAUUCAAGGAGGAUAGCAUCAUCAUCAGAAGUCUCUAAUACACCUCGUCGCCUAAAAAAAGCAUCAUUUUAUGAGGAAUGCUUGAAUCGAGGGAUUGACAGAUUAAAUAUGGGUAUUGAUGUGGAAUCGUUUGCUAAAAGUCUUAUUGAGGAUAAUCCGAAAAUUUAUCAUCUUACUGAACCUGAGGUUGACCCUUCGAUUGCUGAGCAGUAUUUUAAAUCUAAUCCCAGACUCGCUUUAGCAGAUGCAACCAAAAUGCUUGCUAUGGAUAUUGCAUUUGAUCCAUUAUUCAGGAAAUAUGUUCGCCAGAAUUUCAUCAGAAACAGCGUGAUUUUAGUAAAUCCUGUACAAAGUAUUAGUGAAUCCGAUCCAUCAUGGCCAUUCCGAUUUUUAAGAAAGCAUAUUAGUAAAUUUAGAAAGAGUGGGUUAUUCGCUGAAAUAAUGGCAGCAGAGCUGAAAGGUCAAAUUAAAGUCAAG